AUGAACGACAGUGAGCUAGACUGCUUAAAAACAGAAUUGGAACAUGAAAAAAACUGCAGAGAAACAGCAUCAUGGCAGAAUGGUGAGCUAGAAAACCAAAUCGUUUGUAUUCAAGAGGAUUUGCGCAAAGUUGAUUACCCUUGGGACUUCGAUAACGAUUUGCAGAAAGAAAGCGCAAGGCACCGACAGUUACUGGAAGCCAUCGAAACUUUGCGUGAACAACUCCCAUUCCUGAGAGAAAAAAUAAGAAAUGCCAAAGGUUGUGGACCAGAUUGCAAGCUUAAACAUGAUGACCUAAAUAUAAAUUUAGAUAUUCUAACUCCGGCGGAGUUACUGCGAACGGUUAAACGUUUUGAAAGAUUAAAGACCGAUCUCGUGAGCACUUUGCGCAGUAAGGAGUGGAGGCUGGAUUCGGAAUCUAAGUUAUUCGUGAGAGUCAACGAUCAACGCACGUAUUUGCAGAACGAGUUGAUGAUUUGUCAAAACAACAUUUCGCGCCUUCAGAGAAACGGAGCGUAUUGGCAAAAUAUUCCGCGCAAAUACGACGAAAGAGUACUCGAUCCAAAACGCGGACCGAUCAAGAAAAUAUUCUGCAACGAUCGUCUACCACCUAUCGUCACUUAA